GUUGACGUGCCAACACCCCCCUAAGCCCCACCCCCCUAAGCAGCUGAAUCUUCAGUCUUUUAUUCGUCUUCAUCCAAACAAGAUGGAAAAGUUAUUUUUGUUGCUUCUUCUCUGUCUCGGUUCAUCAGCAGUGAAACACUCCCUCAACUAUGUUCUCACUGCGUCUUCUGGAGACACAAACCUCCCACCUGUUGUGAUUGUUGCACUGAUCGAUGAUAUUCAGAUAGCUUACUGCGACAGCAACAAAAAGUUGUUACAACCACGGGACUGGGUGAAAAAUUAUUUAGAUACUGACCCUCAUCAGCUGGAGUGGUACAAAGCAGAGUGUGAGAGUGAGAAUCUGCCGAUCCGCUACAAAGCCAGGAUCUCCAAUUUGAUGCAGCGCCUCAACCAAAGUGAUGGUGUCCACAUUUUACAGAGGAUGAUUGGCUGUGAAUGGGACAAUGAGACUGGAGAAGUUACUGAUUUUACACAGUUUGGUUAUGAUGGAGAAGAUUUCAUAUCAUUGGACAUGAACACACUGACAUGGGUCGCUCUGAACCCACUGGCUGCCGUCACCAAACUGACAUGGGAUGUUGACAAAGCGAGAAUAAUAAACUAUAAGAACUUCCACACUCAGAUGUGUCCUGAAUGGCUGAAGAAGUAUUUGGACUAUGGGAGGAGCUCUCUGCAGAGAACAGAGCUUCCCUCAGUGUCUCUCCUCCAGAAGACUCCCUCCUCUCCAGUCAGCUGCCACGCUACAGGUUUCUACCCUCACAGAGCUGUGAUGUUCUGGAGGAAAGAUGGAGAGGAUCUUCAUGAGGACGUGGACCAAGGAGAGAUCCUCCCCAACCAUGAUGAAACCUUCCAGAUGAGAGUUGACCUGGACAUUUCAUCAGUCACACCUGAAGACUGGAGGAGGUACGACUGUGUGUUUCAGCUCUCUGGAGUGAAGGAGGACGUCGUCACCAAACUGGACAAAGCAGUGAUCAAGACCAAUGAAGAGAAGCCCAGUAACGUGAGCGUCCCCAUCAUCACUGCAGUGGUUGCUCUCACUCUCGUCCUCAUUGCAGUCACUGGAUUCAUGGUUUACAAAAAGAAUAAAGGUGAGAGAGAAAUAGAAAGAUCACCUGACUGUUACAAUCCUUUGACUUUAGUCUGUGAGUUGAUGUUUUUAUCCAGAUUGUAAAAAUGAAACAAGCUUCAGUUUCCUGCACAGUUUGAAGAAGUAAGCUGUGUAAGACUCAGAGCCGCAGAGUCAUGAUAGUACGACUGUACUAUGAUGAUGUGGGAGAAAGUGUCUUAAUGUUUUCACAGGUGAUCAACACAAACAGUCAGAGACACAGAAUACAUGAGAUAAAUACUUCAAAUUGAUAUUCACCGGUGAUAAGGUGAUAAAAGACUUCCUGUCAUUUACACCUGGAACUGAAAUGAUUUGUCUUUUCUUUUCAUUUUAGCCACAUACCAUUCAUCUCCUCCUGACAGCGACUCUGAGCUCUCUGAGAACCUGAAUGAAGGAACCUGACAAACACUCAGUCAGUGAGCUCACAUGGGAGGGAAAAAGUGACGUGUGUCACGUUAUACAGCUGAAAGAGUCUAAAUGAUGUUUUCCUGUAGCAAAAGUGCAAUAGCUUUAUAUGAACAAAGUGGGAUUAAGGGAUAAAAACAAUCUUGCUUGAGGUAAAUGUCAAAUAUAAUAGUUUUAUUUUUUCAUGAUUGAUUAUUUAAUUUUAUCAUUGAUCUUACAUUGAUGCAUUAAUCUGUUUUCUAUCAUUUUUGAAUGACAGUUUCUGGUUUUACUGUAACUCAGAGAAACAUCUAACUAACCUCUGUUUGUUAUUGAAACCAUCUGCUUUUCUUUGGUGAAACGGGUCAUGGGACAUAAUUAAUGAAACUGCUGGGUAUUAUUAGACUGGUGGAACCAGAUACACAGUGAUGGUACUUGGACUGAUAAGUGGGACAUGGCGUUCACAUGAAGUUAUCUAUUCAACCAGUUGGACCAGCCCAUGAUGUGAUCAUGUAGAUAUGAGGCAGAGGCAGCAGAAUAUCUGCUCUUUGACUGAAUGAGAGAAGGAUUUAAAAGCUGCUUAAAGCAACAUUAGCUCAAGGUUAGAGAAGGUGUCGUCUGUCAGAGGCUCAGUAGAUUCAUGACAACACAGACUGACACCCGCUGCAGCGUCUAGUUAUAGAUCAAAGAUCAUUUAACUGGAGAACUGGUCAUCUACAGGACCAUCAAAUAUAAAAUGUGUUGUUCUUUCUUUUGCUGCUCAUGUUCCACUUUUAAAUAAAGUUCAAUUUUCCAAA